AUGAGUCAACAGGGUUAUGUUGCUACACCCCCGUACUCCCAGGCCCAGCCAGGGAUCGGGGGCUACCAAGGCGGAUUUGGAACUGGUCCUGCACAGCCACACUAUGGGCACUAUGGGGGGCCGCCUCAGGUGUUCAACACUCCACCAACAGGUAUGAUGAAGCCAGUUUCCUCUGCUGCCGGUAUGCCUCCACCUCCAGUGUCCAGUCAGUACAAUCCAAACAUCCAGCAGAAUGGAGCACAUCCACAAAGAUACCCUGCGCCACCAGCUGCUUCUGCAGCUUAUGGACAACCUCCACAGUCCCCAUACAACAACAUGGCCUCUGCGGCCCCGCCUCCAGCGCAGCAGCUCACCAAUCAGAUGAGUGCCAUGAACCUGGGCAACUAUGCCCCAGGUCCCAUGCAGAGCGCUCCUCCUCCACCAAACUCUGUAGCCCAGCAGCCUUUCCAAACAGCCCCUCCUCCAGCGAUGGGCCACCCACAGAUGCAUCCAGGCCUGCAGUCCCCCCAGAUGUCCCCCCAGAUGUCCCCACCGCAGUCACCCCCACCGAUGGCAGGCAUGGGUAGACCCUUCCCCGGACCACCUCCUCCAGGACCUGGAGGUUUUCAGCAGCCCGGUCCAGGAAGUGCUGGUCCACCUGGAUACCCACAACAAGCAGGUCAGUUUGGGGGACAAAUGGCCGGGCCCCAGCCAGGCAUGCCAGGGGCCUUCCCUGGAGCACCAGGCGGACUGGCGGGACCCCCUCAGAAGAAACUGGACCCUGACUCUAUCCCCAGCACAACCCAAGUCAUUGAGGAUGACCAAGCAAAACAUGGGGGGCAGGUCUUCAACACAAACGUCAGAGGACAGGUUCCACCUCUGGUCACCACUGACUUUACAGUACAUGACCAAGGCAAUGCCAGUCCCAGGUUCAUACGCUGCACCACCUAUUCCCUACCCUGCACCGCCGACCUGGCCAAACAGUGCCAAGUGCCCCUGGCUUCCAUCAUUAAACCCUUUGCCAGUUUGCCAAAGAAUGAGACUCCUCUAUAUGUUGUGAACCACGGCGAGACGGGCCCAAUCCGCUGCAAUCGAUGCAAGGCCUACAUGUGUCCCUACAUGCAGUUUAUUGAUGGAGGUCGUCGCUACCAGUGUGGUUUCUGCAACUGUGUCAAUGAAGUGCCAGCCUUCUACUUCCAACAUCUUGACCACAUGGGCCGGAGGGUGGACCUGUAUGAGAGGCCUGAGCUGUCCCUGGGGUCCUACGAGUUUGCAGCCACCCUGGAAUACUGCAAGAACAACACCCCAAAUCCUCCUGGAUACAUCUUCAUGAUUGACGUGUCCUACAACAACGUUAAAAGUGGACUGGUCAAACUGAUAUGUGACGAGCUGAAGACUCUGCUGGAGAAUCUGCCCAGAGAGGACGGCAUGGAGAGCUCUGCGAUCAAGGUUGGCUUCGUCACAUACAACAAGGUCCUCCACUUCUACAACGUGAAGAGCGCUCUGGCCCAGCCCCAGAUGAUGGUGGUUUCAGACACAGCUGAGAUGUUUGUCCCGCUGCUCGACGGCUUCCUCGUCAACUACCAGGACUCGAGGGCCGUUAUCUCCAACCUCCUGGACCAGAUUCCUGAUAUGUUUGCCGACACCAACGAGAGCGAAACGGUCUUUGCCCCCGUCAUCCAGGCUGGCAUCGAGGCAUUCAAGGCAGCAGAAUGUAGCGGGAAGCUCUUCAUCUUCCACUCCUCCAUGCCCACUGCCGAGGCUCCCGGCAAACUGAAGAACAGGGAUGACAAAAAGCUGGUCAACACUGAGAAAGAGAAAACCCUGUUCCAGCCUCAGAAAGGAGUGUAUGAGCAGCUCUCUAAGGAGUGUGUUGCGCAGGGCUGCUGCGUGGAUCUCUUCCUCUUCCCCAGCCAGUACGUAGACUUAGCAACCAUGGCAGACGUGCCCUCGCACACCGGAGGCUCCGUCUACAAGUACAACAACUUCCAGGUGGAGACAGACGGGGAGCAUUUCCUGAGAGACCUGAGGAAAGACCUGAAGAAAAGCAUCGGAUUUGACGCCAUCAUGCGCGUUCGUACCAGUACAGGCUUCAGAGCAACAGACUUCUUCGGUGCCAUCCACAUGAACAACACCACAGAUAUAGAAAUGGCAGCUGUGGAUUGCGAUAAGGUCGUGACCGUGGAGUUCAAGCACGACGACGCGCUCAGCGAGGAGACCGGGGCGCUCAUGCAGUGCGCCUUGCUGUACACCACCAUCAACGGGCAGCGACGUCUCCGCAUCCACAACCUCAACCUGAACUGCAGCUCGCAGUUGUCAGAGAUGUUCAAGAGCUGCGAGACCGACUCCCUCAUCAACUUCUUUGCCAAAUCAGCUUACCGUGCCAUGUUGAACCAGCCUCUGAAGAAUGUGAGGGAGAUCCUGGUCAACCAGACAGCCCACAUGCUGGCCUGCUACAGGAAGAACUGUGCCAGCCCCUCCGCUGCCAGCCAGCUGAUCCUGCCUGAUGCCAUGAAGGUGUUUCCGGUCUACAUGAACAGCCUGAUGAAAACGGCUCCCUUGGUCGGCAGCACAGAGCUCUCAACAGACGACAGAGCCCAUCUAAGGCUGUCGGUCAUGGCCAUGGGGGUGGAGGACUCACAGCUGCUGCUCUACCCACGCCUCACCCCGCUGCACAACAUGGACGUUAGCAGCGAGGCUCUGCCCGCUCCGGUGCGCUGUUCGGAGGAGCGUCUGACAGACUCUGGCAUGUUCCUGCUGGAGAACGGCCACUCCAUGUUUCUGUGGCUGGGCCAAGCGAGCCCGCCAGACCUCAUCCAGAGCAUCUUUAACCUGCCCUCCCUCGCCCACCUGCAAGGACACAUGUGUGCGCUGCCAGAACUGGACAACGCCUUGUCAAAGAAGGUCCGAUCCAUCAUUGAUGGCCUGCUUGAAAAGAGGCCUAACUCUAUGAAGCUCCAAAUUGUGAGGCAGAGAGACAAACCAGAGCUGUUGUUCCGUCAGUUCCUGGUGGAGGAUAAAGGGCUGCACGGCGGAGCUUCCUACAUGGACUUCCUUUGCUACGUUCACCGAGAGAUCCGGCAGCUGCUCACUUAACCCCCCCCUCGGCCUCAGUGUCCCCCUUCCCGACUGUCCCGAGAGAAACGCGACGUCAAACGGACCAUGCACAAAUCUCACAGGGUCAGUCUCAGUUGGUUCCCUCUUGAGAACGGUCCACAGAAAGAAACUCGUUAAGUGUUUUACAGAGAAAUGAGGAACCACGAAGAGCCAUUUUGAGAUUUUACCUUGAGGUGUCCAAAGCUGCCUUUCCACAUGCUUUUGUUAUCCUUUAGUACACACACAGUAUCAUCUUCAAAUAACCACUUGUCACUUGUAGAACUUCCAAAUGAAACUGGAAGAAGUUAAAUGGACACAACACAUCCUGCAUUUCCCACACAGACACUUGUGUAUGAUGGCCUGCGGAGGCCGGUGUGACAUCAGUGCCUGAGGCCGGAAUGCAUUUAGGCAAAAGGCCUGCUGGCAAAAGCAAUACAACACAUAUCUCUGCUGUGCUGUAAAUUGAGUUAAGUGGAGGGUUUUUUCAUUUCACUGUGUGAAAUUACAGUGUCAAGACAAGGGGUUAUUUGUGGACAAUACUGUGGAUGUUCACUUUGAAACUCAAUAAAGUGUGCCAGUCUUUGUAAUACUUUCUCCCGUGAAGACUAAAUAUGUAAGGAGUCAUUUUAAAAUCUUUGUUUCUCUUUUAAAUAAUAUAAUAGGACAUUUUACCGUAUCUAAACAACUUGGAGGUUCCUACAUUUUACCACACUUUUGCUGUCCUGAUGGUAAGUGUACUUAAAAUAAACAUUUAAAUAGUGUAUCCACAGUACCUGGUACUUUAUUAUUUAGCAGAAGUUAAAGCCUCUGCUGCCAGGACUAGAAAUGAUUCCUGUCACUACACCAUGAGUGAUUCAGUUCCACACACACAUGCCCCCCCCCCACCAAAAAAAAACAACUUGGUUUUUUGACCAUUUAUAGUAGAGGAUUUCUGAUCUUCACAGUGUGCGGUGACGCAGAAAACGUUUUGUUUGGGUGUUGUGAGGAUAAAAUGAAAUGAACACAGCUGUUGCUCUACAUAGAGAACAAGGACCCACUCAUGUGUCCUGAUGAAAAAUGACACACGCUUUUUUUUCCUCCCUACACUGUACAAGUCAGAAGUGGAACUAAAAAUUGACGCUGAAGGGAGACUUAUCCAAGUUUGUAAUGAGAAAACGGGAAUGGGCUGCUAAUGGGAGGAAAAGGGAGGAAGUUUAGGGAACAAAUAUAUGAAGCUUUUCCUUAAAACUGUCACACAACAAUCCAGCGAGGGGAAAUAAUCCGAUCUGCUGUUGUUGGAGUGAUUCAUUUUGAGAAAUACUUUUUUUUUUUUUUUUUUUUUCCAGCAGCUGACCUUCAGAACAAACUGGAAAGCAGUUUACCUGUCAGGACGCCACAAUCGGCGGCUAAAGUGUCAGGGCAGUUAUAUUAGAUUUAUUAGUUACUAUUGGGUUGUCAAAUUUUGACUUUUAGUGUAAAGGAAGUUUACUGUUGAACCAAAACUAAGUAUAAAUCGUGUUACACCAAUUCCUUUAAUCUGCAAAAUUGUCUUGAUAAUAAUAUGUAACAUUUCAGUCUUGACUUUCAGCACAGUGACAUACUGUGUUGCAUUGCUAUUUUUUAUAAAAGGCAAUUGCUUCAGUGUAAUUCAUGUAUGCAUUUGAUAAAUAUUGUGCGAUUCUGUGCAUGUGCCUACAAAGUCUUUUUGUACAUGAAAUACACAAUGACUCUUGUUUUCAAAAUAUUACCAUCUGCCUUAAGUAUAUAUAUAUAUAUUAGUCGUUAACAAAUAAUGUAUGUCAAAAUAUGUGUCCAAGAGUUCUAUGGCUGAUUUCAAUCUCUUUGGUUUGUAUGCAACUUAUCUCAGGUAAUUUGAGUACCUUACUAUUUCAAGUUGGAAGAAGUGAUUUCAAUUUAACUGGAAAGCUGGACGGUUGAUGUUUUUUUAAAUCUUUUUGAGUAGACUUGUGGAAAUUCAUGGGAUUGGUGCGCCAUGUAUAUUUUAUUCCAAACUCAACAAAUGAAUUAAAUUCUUGACAUAA